AUCAACUUCAAAGAUGCCGUGGGAAGGAAAUUCACGUUUCCGUAUCAUCUAGUCAAGUCGUGGAAGAGUAUGGAAGAACUCAUCAAGCAAGCCUUCCUCCAUGUCGAUAUAAUUGGGCCUCAUAUCCAAGAAGGCCAUUACGAUCUUAUGGGGCCUGACGGCCAGGUCAUCCUUCCACAGGUCUGGCAAUACCUAGUACAGCCA